UACACGUAAAAGAGCUUUACCUCGCGCCUUGAACGCUUCCCAUCGCAACUCACCGGCUGCGAGAGGCUACAGAGGGGAGUCGACACGGAGAAGAUGCCACAAUCCAGCAAGCGAUCGACAGCAGCCAAGAAAAGAUGGGCUGCACAGAUAGCUGCAAAGGCCACUGUUGAGAUGGACCUGGACAUGGACGAGAUUGCUCAACAUAUGGACGUGAGUCCCAGGCAAGCCUGCAUCGACCUGGAGAAGGCCACUCAAUUCAUCACACAAGUGUUACAGAGUUCGCCGGUCUCGUCUCACACGCCGGUAUCGUCUCACACGCCGGUCUCGUUUGAUGGCCAGAAGCUGCUGGAGGCUCCAGUCUCUGGGAUUAAAGAAAACGAUGAUGCUGAUGCUGAUGCUGAUGAUGGAUAUGGAUAUGGAGAGUACAGUCAGCCUGAAGAGAGAACUGACCCUGGAACAGAACUGACCCUCUCUUCAGCUGCAGACAUUAAAACUGAACUGAUACAGGAAGAGGAGGACCAGUCCAACAUGGCUCCAGCCCUCGACUCCAAGAUGGACCCCGUGGUUCUGGCCCAGCUCAUGGGGGUGACUGUGGAGUUGGUGGACUGCUGUAGAACACAAAGAGAAGAGAAGAACACGGAUGGAGUACAGCCCGAGACCCUGAAAUGGAAGGAGCCUUGUACCUCAUCCUCUGUUGCCUCCUGUGGGACCCCUACAUUCAGCUGCACCCAGCAGACUGCUGCCUUCUCCGCCUCUUCCACAGAGGAAUCCAGAAUAUUCUCCUUCCCUCUGUGUGACGAAGGCUUCAGCUCCCUGCUCAAGCUGCAUCAGCGCAUCCACACAAGACAGAGGCGGCACCACUGCACUCAGUGUGGCAAGAGCUUUAUUCGACAGGGACAUCUCAAACGACAUCAGCUCAUUCACACAGGAGAGAAGCCGUACAACUGCACUCAGUGUGGCAAGAGCUUUACUCUAGAGGGACAUCUCAAACUACAUCAUCUCAUUCACACAGGAGAGAAGCCGUACAACUGCACUCAGUGUGGCAAGAGCUUUGCUCUAAAGGGGAAUCUCCAAAAACACCAGCGCAUUCACACAGGAGAGAAGCCGUACAACUGCACUCAGUGUGGCAAGAGCUUUGCUCGAGAGGGACAUCUCAAACUACAUCAUCUCAUUCACACAGGAGAGAGGCCGUACAACUGCACUCAGUGUGGCAAGAGCUUUACUCGAGAGGGACAUCUCAAACUACAUCAUGUCAUUCACACAGGAGAGAGGCCGUACAACUGCACUCAGUGUGGCAAGAGCUUUAAUCUAGAGGGGAAUCUCAAAAAACACCAGCGCAUUCACACAGGAGAGAAGCCGUACAACUGCACUCAGUGUGGUAAGAGUUUCUCUGACGUUGGAAAACUCAAACGUCACCAGCGCAUUCAUUCAAGAGAGAAGCCUUAUCAAUGCACUCAGUCUGGAAAGAGUUUCAAUCAAAAGGGAAAUCUUUAAACACAUCAGCACAUUCACACUUGAGAGAGGCUGUAUCAGUUCACUCAGUGUGGACAGAACUGCGUAAACACAGACCUAUCCCGAGUGGCUGAAGUGUGUGUGUGUGUGUGUGUGUGUGUGUGUGUGUGUGUGUGUGUGUGUGUGUGUGUGUGUGUGUGUGUGUGUGUGUAUCGAGCACCAUUCUGGAACUGGCUGUGGUCUAAUACGGUUUAUUUAAGAUUUCUGAGUGAAAUAACCCAGAUUUAUUGAUAUGGCAGCCAUGAUAAGGGCUGGUAGAAUUCUCUAAAUGCUUAGAAAAGGUGUUUCAGUGCUUCCUUUCUCAUCUCCUUUAGCAUAGGGUACACUGGACCAUCCUUUACGAAAGAAAAGGAGAUGAUGCCGUCCCCACAAUUCAUUGUGGCAACAACAUCUAAUAAAUCCACCGUCAAUAACAUUCAUCGUCACAUAACACAUAACUAGCCUAGUGUAAGUGCAAUUGGGUUCUCUCAUUGCCGUGGUUGUCUUUUCCUAAGGAAAGGAAGCUAAUACAGCACUAUUCUGGAACUAAUACAGCAACAUUCUGGAACUAAAACAGCACUAUUCUGGAACUAAUACAGCGCCAUUCUGGAACUAAUGCAGCUCCAUUCUGGAACUGCCCAGAGAGUCUGCCCAGGAACAUGGUGUGGGGAGUCACUGGGUAUUUCAUGUCCAUGUAUUAUUUCAAAUCAGUUGUCUGUUUCCAUACCUCUUUCAGCAGAUAGCAAGUUUUUAGUUUUCUGUCCAGUUGUAAUGUCAUAUGUCAAUGUGUUGAGAAGAAGUGUGUCUUCCCAAGGCUCAGAAUACAGAUCCGGGGUCAACACAGUAAGAGCUCUGGGAUACACACACACACACACACACACACACACAUACACACACCAUACACACACACACACACACACACACACACACA